AUGCCAGUUGAAUCACCAGCUAUCAAGCCGAUAAACAAGGCGGCUGUUCACAGAAUCUGUGCCGGUCAAGUGAUCUUCGACCUUUCAUCUGCGGUUAAGGAAUUAGUCGAAAACAGCUUGGAUGCUGGCGCGACUAGCAUUGAAAUUGCCUUGAAAGAUUAUGGCGAAGAAUGGUUCCAGGUCAUCGAUAAUGGGUGUGGUAUUUCACCUAAUAAUUUCAAGGUUCUUGCACUUAAGCAUCACACCUCAAAAUUAUCAGAUUUUCCUGAUCUUCAGUCUCUCACCACAUUUGGCUUUAGAGGGGAGGCGUUGAGUUCCCUUUGUGCUCUGGGGGGUUUGACAGUUGAAACGAGAACAAAGAAUGAGUCAGUUGCCACACACCUGACUUUUGACCAUUCAGGUCUACUGGUAGCUGAGAGGAAAAUUGCACGUCAAAUUGGCACCACCGUCACUGUUAAAAAGUUAUUUUCUAACUUACCUGUCCGAAGUAAAGAAUUCAGGCGUAACAUACGCAAGGAAUAUGGAAAGUUAGUUUCGCUAUUGAAUGCAUAUGCCCUUAUCGCCAAAGGUGUUCGUUUUGUCUGUACCAAUACAACUGGAAAAAAUGCAAGGUCUGUGGUCCUUAAGACCCAGGGAAGUGGUUCUCUCAAAGAUAACAUUAUAACAGUCUUUGGCAUGAACACCUUGAGCUGCUUAGAGCCUGUGACAUUAUGCAUAUCUGAUAGCUGCAAGGCUGAAGGUUUUCUUUCCAAGCCCGGACAGGGAAGUGGACGUAAUUUAGGAGAUAGGCAGUAUUUUUUUGUUAAUGGCAGACCAGUAGAUAUGCCUAAAGUCAGCAAACUUUUAAAUGAAUUAUACAAAGGUGCAAAUUCACGGCAAUAUCCUAUUGCAAUUUUGAAUUUUUCAGUUCCAUCUAGAGCAUAUGAUGUGAAUGUGACUCCUGAUAAGAGGAAGAUAUUUUUUUCUGAAGAAAGUUGCCUAUUGCAUGCCCUCAGAGAGGGAUUCCAGCAAAUUUAUUCUCCUAGUAGUGCUCGUUAUUCUGUUAAUGAAUCUGAACAGCCUGCUGUGGGAGAAGACUGUAUUGAGCUGUGUAAUACUGAAUUCAACAAUGCUAGUGUUCCUCAGGAGGAGUGGAAAGAGAAGGAUAAUAAUCAGUCCUACUUUGUUUCUGAACCUGUUCCUGAUGAUCAGUGCUUUCAUGCUGAAGAACAGUCUAACAAUGAGAAUAAUAGAAGCGCAUUGGGAAAGGAUUUAACACUGAGAGCUCAUGGGACAUUAAAGUCUGAUAAAAGUAUAAGACAGACAAUGCACUCUAACAGUACCGUGCCUGAUCAAGCUGCUUUUGUGUUCAAAGCAGUUGACAAUGGAGUCGCUUCAAAUAAAAGUUCAUGUAAUCAUUCAAGUCGUGUCCAGUCAACUCUUGAGAAAUUUGUUACCAUAAAUAAAAGAAAGCAUGAUAACAUCAGUACAACCUUAUCUGAAGUGCCUGUCCUGAGAAAUCAAUAUCACCAUUGUCAACUAACAACUGUGAAUACUGAAACACAUGACUCGAUUACAAGACCGUCGCACCAUCAUGAACAAGAUGAUGAAACUGGGAAGGGGAAUUGGAAUGAGUCUUUGGAGCAUCUUAGUCCUGAUAAUGAUACCCACAGAAGUGAGCAUUUAAUUUCUUCUAUUGAUGAUUCAGGUGUCAAAGAACCUGAAAUGGAUUUAGAUCAAGCGAAAGAAGCAUCUCUUGCUGAUGCAGCAUCAAUCGCUCCAUCCAGCACUGAUUUGAUCAAUAUGUCGGAGCAUAUUUUCGUCUCAGACCAUCAAGUAUGUUCAUCUACUUCAAAGAAAUCAUCUGAUCAGAAGACAUGCUCAAACUUGCAAUUUUCUUUCCAAGACCUUAAUACUAGGAGAAAGAAGAGGCGUUCUAUGUUGCAAUCCAGUAAUUACAGAUUUCAACAAGUGAAUGUCAAAAGUUGCUACUCUGCUGCAAACUUAAAGUUUUCAGAGCUGGAAAUUGAAGAGCAGAAAGAAAGAGCUUUAUGUGCUGCAACAACUGAGUUGGAAAGACUCUUUAAGAAGAAAGACUUCAGCAGAAUGAAGGUGAUUGGGCAAUUCAAUCUUGGUUUUAUCAUUGGGAAAUUGGAUCAGGAUUUAUUUAUUGUGGAUCAGCAUGCUGCGGAUGAGAAGUACAAUUACGAGCGCCUUUCACAAUCAACCAUCUUGAACCAGCAGCCUUUGCUUAGGGCUCUAAGAUUGGAGUUAUCCCCUCAAGAAGAAAUAGUUGCUUCAAUGCACAUGGACAUAAUCAGAAAGAAUGGGUUUACAUUGGAAGAGGAUCCAAAUGCUCCACCUGGAUGCCGUUAUAAAUUGAAGGCCGUCCCCUUCAGUAAAAACAUAGUCUUUGGAAGUGAAGAUGUUAAGGACCUGGUUUCUACGUUAGCUGAUGAUCAAGGGGACUGCUCCAUUACUGGUAGUUAUAAGCUGGACACGUCAGAUUCUAUUUGCCCUCCAAGAGUUCGUGCAAUGUUGGCAUCGCGUGCAUGUCGAUCAUCCAUUAUGAUUGGAGAUCCCCUUGGAAGAAAUGAAAUGCAGAAGAUUCUGGGGCAUUUGGCUGAGCUGAAAUCUCCAUGGAAUUGUCCCCAUGGCAGGCCUACAAUGCGUCAUCUAGUGGACUUGACAUCAAUUUACAAGAGGUCAGAAUUAAAGAACGUAGAUUGAUUCACAAGGAAAUUCUGACUGCCGCUCUUGCGAUUCGGAGUUUAACCUAUUUGUACAACUUAUUUUUGUACUUGUCAUCCUUCAUCUUAACCAUGGAACAAGUACCAAUGCACAUAAAAUCCGUCCUGUUGUAUAUUUGUGAGUUGCAUGAAGGAGCA